GGCGAAUCCCUUAUACAAAUAAAAGAAUAGAAUCGUAUAACUUAAUCGGAUCCCUCUGAUUCAUUUUCUGUUGGUGUGGGAUUUCUCGGAGUGUCGCUGAUGAUUGUUGAUGCUUCUUCUCACACACCCUUGAAAAGAAGGAAGUUCAGAAGCAUUGAUCCCAUGGAGGCCGAAGAAGCUCAGGCCAAGCUCACAGCAGCAAAAGAAAAGGUCGGGAGAGAAAUCCACGUUUUUGAAACAACAUCAGCAUCUUCUUCUUCACAAAGUGAAGAGUCUAAUACUGAGGAGACAGAGGAUUUCUAUGAGUUCACUGCAGAAGAUUAUUAUCGGGUUUUGAAUGCAAAAAAAGAAGAUAAGACUCUUAAAACACGAAAGUUAAGAGAGGCAGAGAAGGCUGCCCGCAGGUCAAGGAUAACAAAGACGGUGAUUAGGGUUCGAUUUCCUGAUAAUCACACAUUGGAGGCCACUUUUAAUCCAUCAGAAACAGUUCAGAGCUUGGUUGAUCUCCUCGUCAAAGUGGUUGCUCGACCAGAAUUACCAUUCUAUAUAUAUACCACUCCUCCGAAGAAGCAGAUAAAAGACACGUCACAGGAUUUUCACACUGCUGGAUUUGUUCCCGGUGCAAUUGUGUACUUUUCAUAUGACACACCGAAAGCGGAUGAUGCUGCAGAUGCGGUGUCAGGUCCCUUUCUUCAGGAAGAGGUCAUGUCUUUGAAAGGUUUGGAACUCAUCAAGAAGCAUGUAGAGCCGCCUGUUCAGUCUGCACCAGAAACCACAUCGGAGGCACCACCCCCUGUUGUCCAAGAGAAGAAGCCCGAGGGGAAGAAACCUGCUAAGCCGAAGUGGCUGAAAAUGUGACAUGAAUCGCGUUAGUAACUUCGCAGGUUCACCCUGUUAAUCGUCAUAUGUUCUGUGAAUCUUCACGCACAACUUGUUAUCUCUAAGAUUGUGCUGGUUCUCGCAACUUGCCCUCGGAUGCUUGUUAGGAGUUUCAAUAAUUUGUGUUUUCUAGAACAAAACAAUGUAUGAAUUUUAGCAUCAUGUUUGGAUGUAACAAUACCAAAAUUACA